AAUACUGGAGAUUUCUAGCAGACACGUCUCCAACGUAUAUUCUGUCUGCGACAAACCAGAGAGCCAGAAUUCAGAGGUGACCGAGCUGUGCAACUCUGUUAAACAGUUGCUACGAUCUCGAAGUCCUAGUUCACAUACUCUACAGAAACGCAUCUUAGUGCAUCACAGCAACUCACGUGGUUGCCCCAAAACUAAACCUAACAGGGUGGAAAACCCUGAGUGGUGCUGGUUUCAUCAUACUUACAGAGACGAAGCCAGAAAAUGUCGGAAACUAUGCAGUUUUAACAAGGACACAAACUCGGGAAACGGUCACACCGGCACAUGUUCACGGCAAACGUGGCCGGCGGAAACAGCCGUCUGCUCCACGUCACGGAUAUUGAAACGAAAGUUCGCUAUCUCGUCGACACCGGCGCAGAAGUUAGCGUUCUUCCCACACCGACAAACCAGCGCCAUCAUGACCCAUCCUCCAAUCUCCAGGCAGCCAACGGCAAGGCGAUCGCGACAUUUGGAAGACGGUAUGCCUAUCCCAACUUGGGUUUACGUAAACCUAUCCACUGGAUUUUCCUCCUGGCUGACGCUUCUAUGCCCAUCAUUAGCAUAGAUGUGCCAAACCAUUACGACCUACUCGUAGAUGCUCGCCGUCGACGUCUGAUAGAUAACAACACAAAUUUAUCUAUUGGCGGCACCACCUACGUAGGUCCGAGUUAUGCUAUCGUUAGAACCAAACAAUCAGGCGAUGCGUCCUACCAAGCGGUUUUGGAGAAAUAUCCAGAGUCGCAACGACCGCAGCAUACUCUCCCGUGCAUAACCAGCAAUGUUAUGCAUCACGUCACAACCUCGGAUCCGCCUGUGGCAUCCGAAGUGCGGCGUCCAUCCUCUGAUAAGCUCAAAAUGGUGAAGGGUGAAUUCGACCACACGCUCGAACUGGGCAUAAUCAAACCUUCAAAUAGUUCUUGGGCAUCACCACUGCACAUGGUUCCCAAAAAGGAUAGCAACGACUGGCGUCCAACCGGUGGUUACCGAAGGCUUAACGCCAGAACAAUACUGGCGGCUAGCUCAAUUAUCGAAAUUCUUGACGAUGUGCCUGGUAAUGCACAGUUGCAACAACCAUCAGUGCAACAGAAAACACGAUCAGGUCGAACCAUCAGGUUCUCGGAGUAUCUGAAGUCGCAUUCAACUUGGGGGUGUAAAAUAAAACGUGCCAAAUAUAUUCUUUUUAAUUCAACAUUUUUUCGGGGCACCAUCUUUCGUAUUUACCGGCAAUGCGAAACUCCUCGUACAUUUUGCCUUUUUACGUCAACUUGUUUACUACUACCAUGUGAUGAAAGAUUUUGAAAAAAGGAUAUAAGCGUAAACUUUAUUUCGAUAUAUUUGUAUAUACAUAAUUCCCAUUUUUACAAGGCGUUUUCAUGGUAUUAAAGACUCUUACUUAUAUUCCAGGUGCAACGAGCACUGCAGGGAACGUCAAAGUAGACUGACGACCGCGAUCGACGUACAAUUCGAUUUUUCAAUUGCCACGACACCCUAGAACAAGUUCAGACGGUCAGAGGCCACUUCACACAGUGAGCCCAUCGGGAGAGUUUCACCAAUGGAGAAACUACUGGGCUUCUGCUUCUGGCUGGUAUCGUCUUAGGGUCCUCACGGACCCACUAGGGGGGAGUGAUCUGUAGCGUCACACACUUCCACAAAAUCAAUAGCCUGGGGUCCGACGACACUCAACAUUGAUGCUGACCUUGAUAGUU